UAUCCAAUCAUAAUUGAGUAUUUUAUUGCGGCAAAUUUGAACUUUUUUCACGUUGCAGUCGACGUCCGUUAAUCUCGAAAACUCGACCCUUGUUACCUACGUCGGGUUUUCGAGACUAACGUAAGACGUCCGUCGGCUUUGGACCCGAAGAGAACCAAACGAAUGAGGGGGAAAAAGUGCUUGAAUUGUAAUGUUAAAUUGAUAAAAACGUUGUCUGACGACAUGGAUGACGUGGUCAAAAAUAAGCUUAAGAGCAAUGCCAAGAUUUACAGUAACACUUUGGAGCGAAUAGUUCAAAAGUAUUCAAAGCUGCAUGACAAUGGGACUGAGGUGAACCUGGAGGACAUAACAGCCCAAGAGGUGAUAGUAUGCAUGGUCAAGUCAGAGUUGGAGCUAUCAAAGCUGGGAUUGUCAAAGAGUGAAGUUGACCUGGCAGAGCUGUCACUCGGAGGUGGGAACUACAACACGUUGUUUCUCUGUGAGAUUUGCACUGAAGCGUUACAGAUUCUGCAAUAUAAAUGUAAAGACAUUUCUGAAAUACACAGGCCACAGAACACCAUUGGAGACUUCCAGGUGGACAUCUCAUACCACCAGGAUGAUCACAACAAUGAUUGUGUAGAUGAGGGUGCUGUCACUGUCAACAGUAAUGAUUCUGUUAUGCAGCAGGCUGCAGAGAACAGCCACUUGGUGGAUAAUUCCAAACUGAAUGGGACUAGGAGUAGCCUGUGGGGCGCGCCAGAGGAGCUGGAGCGCUCUCUGAGCAGUCAACGUAGCACUCUACUGGACCUGUAUCCCAGCAUGGUCAGCCAGGUAGGAGAGGCCUGGCGGCGCCAACAUAUGUCCGACGUGGCUGUAGGGGUUUUGAGGAGGUACCACAGGCUCAGGUGGUUCUCUAACAGAAACCUCAAUAACCGCAACUUCAACAUCAGACCUGCUCACAGAAAGACUACCCUCAACAUUGGCCAAUCCUUUCUCCAAACAUCUCAGAACACCAUACUGAAUGUGAGUAACCCCAAGAGUCCAAAGUUGAACCUCAAAAUGACAACCCACACCCAUCCUCCUCCACAGACCAAGGUCAACCUCCAGGAAUGGCCAGCAGAGAGGCUGUCCCACAGGAAGGGUACAGGUUCAGGGAACGGACAACCGCCCCACCCUGUUCUAGUGAUGGACUUCUCCUCUCGCCCCUCUGCAGCCCCUUCCCUUCUCUCUGCUCCCUCCUCUGCAGACUCCUCUCCUCCCUCCUCUGCAGCCUCCCUUCCCUCUUCUCUCUCCUCUGCAGACUCCUCCCUACAGGAGAGCCCUGAGCCAGAGGAGCCCCCCUUAAACCAAACCUUCAUGGUGUCCAUGCCCUCUUCCCCAUCCUCCAGGGUUAGACACACUACCCUGGUCUUCAGUCCUGCCAGAUCUGAAGACACCUUCACAGCAGGAGGGUUGAGCAGUCCAUCUCUAAGGAAGUGUGCCCUCCCCACACUUCCCCAUCAGAGGUUUUUCACAGCGGUAUGCCCUGUGGUCAGUAUGGAGAUGUCUUCAGACUACCGCUCCCAAGUAGCACCGAGUCCCUACAGAGCCAGACUGCUGAUCUGGGACGGCCAGCGUGCAGCAUCUAACGCCCACCAUAGAAGCCCCAAGUCGGGCUUUGCUGGAUAUCAUCAAAGAAACACUGUGGAGCCCAGCUCUUCCCCUUCGUCUUCACCCUCCUCUCUUCAUAGGCCUCUGAUGUCACACAGGAAGCCCCACCACCUGGACUCCUGCAGUCCCUCCCAGCUGAAACUCCAAUCGUCUAGAUCAUCAUCUGAUCAUGAGUCUAGGGCAGGCCAGCCAAGGCUCCGGCGACACUAUUCCCUGGAUUCCUUCUCCCCAUCUGUCAGUCUCUUACAAAACUCUGCUAAGCAGAUUGACAAGGACUUCCAGAAGCUCUACCACAAGCUUGUCUGUCAGGGCAAAUCCUCCUCCUGCCGUAUGUGUGAGAGGAGAGCAGAGACCACCAGAGGAACCUCCUCUGCUCUGGCCGCCCUGGCCCUGUCUCCUCACCACUCUAUCAUGAGGAAGCGUCGCAGGGAGCUGGUCCAAGAACAGUCCCCAGAGUCCAAACGUUUCAGGGAUAGCUCCUUUGUGUACUCCCCGGGAUCUCUCCGCCAGAGGGUAGAAAUGUUCAGGUGCCAGAACCGCUCAGACAGCCAUUUGUCCUCCAACCAGUGGGACAUCUCCUGUGACUCCCACAACUGGAGCCCCCGCAAGGCCAGUCUGGCUCAUACACACCACAGCCCCCAUCACCAACAUCACUCAUCAGAUGCAGCAGUCAGGAAAGCUGAAGGCUCCUGGUCUGGCCUGCAUGUUGAUCAGCACUCUCCUGCUUGGAGAGAGAAAUACAGACGAUUUGUUGGAAUUCAUCAAGGAAAGUCAAUUGUCAAGGCAGAGUGCCAAUGUGGCUGUUCGCCAAGUUUCUCUAAGAGACAGCUUCUGUAUAAAUGAUGUCAACCCACAGAAAGGCUGUCCUGUCCUGCACCUCUACCUGAGUUUUUUAUAUGCCAGAGUUGAAAACAUCUCUGCUGUUUAUCUGCAUUUGAAAACAUACUUAGGAUGUCCCAAUAACCAUGAACUAAUUUGUUAUAAUGGAAUGUUUAUGCAAUGUAUUUUUAUAUACAGUACAAGUCAAAAGUUUGGACACACCCACUCAUUCAAGGUUUUUAUUUUUUACUAUUUUCUACAUUGUAGAAUAAUAGUGAAGACAUCAAAACUAUGAAAUAACACAUACAGUACCAGUCAACGGUUUGGACAAACCUACUCAUUCAGUGGUUUUUCUGUAUUUUUACAUUGUAGAAUAAUAGUGGAGAUUUUUCAAAACUAAGAAAUAACACAUGGAAUCAUGUAGUAACCAAAAAAGUUAAAUAAAUCAAAAUAUAUUUUAGAUUCUUCAAAGUAGCCACCCUUUGCCUUGACAGCUUUGUGCACUCUUGGCAUUCUCUCAACCAGCUUCACCUGGAAUGCUUUUCCAACCGUCUUGGAGUUCCCACAUGUACUGAGAGCUUCUUGACUGGUUUUCCUUCACUCUGCGGUUCAACUCAUCCCAAACCAUCUCAAUUGGGUUGAGGUUGGGUGAUUGUGGAGGCCAGGUCAUCUGAUGUAGCACUCCAUCACUCUCCUUCUUGGUCAAAUAGCCCUUACACACCCUGGAGGUGUGUUGGGUCAUUGUCCUGUUGAAAAACAAAUGAUAGUCCCACUAAGCGCAAACCAGAUUGGUGUCUUAUUGUUGUCCAUUAGUAGUGGUUACUUUGCAGCAAUUUGACCAUGAAGGCCUGAUUCACGCAGUCUACUCUGAACAGUUGAGAUGUCUGUUACUUGAACUCUGAAGCAUUUAUUUGGGCUGCAAUUUCUGAGGCUGAUAACUAAUGAACUUAUCCUCUGCAGAGGUAACUCUGGUUCUUCCUUUCCUGUGGGGGUCCUCAGGAGAGACAGUUUCAUCAUAGCGCUGGAUAGUUUUUGCGACUGCACUUGAAGAAACUUUCAAAGUUCUUAAUUUUUUCUAUAUUGACUGACCAUGUCUUAAAGUAAUGAUGGAAUGUUGUUUCUCUGCUUAUUUGAGCUGUUCUUGCCAUAAUAUGGACUUGGUAUUUUAUCAAAUAGGGCUAUUUUCUGUAUACCACCCUUCUCACAACACAACUGACUGGCUCAAACACAUUAAGGAAAGGAAUUACACUAAUUAAGUUAAGGCACACCUGUUAAUUGAAAUGCAUUCCAGGUGACUACCUCAUGAGGCUGGUUGAGAGAAUGCAAAGCUGUCAUCAAGGCAAAGUGUGGCUACUUUAAUAUAAAAUAUUUUUAUUUAACACUUUUGGUUAAUACAUGAUUCGAAAUGUGUUAUUUCAUAGUUUGGAUGUCUUCACUAUUCUCCAAUUGUAGAAAAUAGUAAAAAAAUAAAACCCAGGAAUGAGUGGUGUCCAAACGUUUGGUACUGUAUAUAUAUUGAAUUUCCUAUAGAUGCUAUUACUACCAUGGGGGUGUUUCAUAACUGAGUGCAUAAUAAAUACUGAAUGACUCAA